UCGGAGCGGUGGGGGGGAAAGGGGCGUGGCCGAGGACCAGGCCGAGCCUGAGGCCGGAAGUGGGGCCUGUCUUGCUGCGCGCGUCCGUCCGGAGGCCCCGAUGCCCGACCACGGGGACGUGAGCCUCCCUCCGGAGGAGAGGGUGCGGGCCCUCACCCAGGUGGGCAGCGACGUGGAGGUCAACGACCACAUCCCCCCGCGUCGCUAUUUCCGCUCCGGCGUGGAGAUCAUAAGGAUGGCCACCGUUUACAUGGAAGAGGGAAACACGGAGUGGGCCUUCAUCUUGUACAACAAAUACAUCACGUUGUUCAUUGAGAAACUGCCCAAACAUCGGGAUUACAAAACGGUGAACAUCCCGGAGAAGAGAGAGACCAUAAAGAAAUUGAAAGAGAUUGCAUUUCCCAAAGCCGAGGAGCUGAAGAAGGAGCUGUUGACCCGCUACACCAAAGAGUUUGCCGAAUAUAAUGGGAGGAAGGAGCAAGAGGCCCUCGCGCUGGCACGGAGCCUGGCAGCCCAGCGGCAGCUGGAAGAGGAACGGGAGCGGGUGGCCCGGCAGCGGCAGCAGCAGGCCGAACAGGACCAGUUCCGCGCCUUCGAGGAGCUGAUCCGCCGCCAGGAACUGGAGAGGGAGCGUCUGCGCGUCGAGCAGGAGUUCGGCGGCCCGCACCCCGGCCCGCCCGGGGGACCCCUGGUGCCCGGGAUAGAGGGGCCCGCUCCCUCCCCGCCCUGCCCGGCCCAACUCCCCAGCCCCAGGCCGGUCCCCAGCCCGGCCAGCCCCCCCGCCGUGGACAGGUCUCUGAAACCCGGCGGGCCCAGCAGCUCGGAGACCAGCCCUCUGGUAGACGGCCUGCGUCAUGUGGUGGUGCCCGAGACCCUCUGCCCACAGUUCCUCCAGCUGGCCGACGCCAACACCGCCCGCGGAGUGGAGACCUGUGGAAUCCUCUGUGGGAAACUGAUGAGAAACGAGUUCACGGUGACCCACGUCAUCAUCCCCAAGCAAAGCGCCGGGCCCGAUUACUGCAACACGGAGAACGAGGAGGAGCUCUUCAUCCUCCAGGACCAGAAGGGGCUCGUCACCCUCGGCUGGAUCCACACUCACCCCACGCAGACGGCCUUCCUGUCCAGCGUCGACCUGCACACUCACUGCUCCUACCAGAUGAUGCUGCCCGAAUCCAUCGCCAUCGUCUGCUCCCCCAAGUUCGGCGAAACCGGCUUCUUUCAGCUGACGGACCACGGGCUGGACGAGAUCUCUUCCUGCCGAGAGAAAGGCUUCCAUCCCCACGGCAAAGACCCGCCGCUCUUCUGCAGCUGCAGCCACGUGCUGGUGGCGGACCGGGCGGUCGCCGUCGAGGACCUCCGGUGAGGCGGGGCCCGCCGCGCAGCGCCCACGGACGGGCUGGCCCCGGGACGCCCCCCCAGCUCCGGCCCCGAAGGAGAGCCCCGCGCCCCGGCCGG